CACACGUCUAGAUCGUUUCCUAUUACCGAUAACUGUGAACAUCGUACUCCAAUCAUGCCCCCUCCAAGCAGCGAAGGAGUAGAAUACUACGACAUUCCCGACUUUAGUUUUUCCAACGGGACGACUCUUCACGAUGUGCGGGUGGCAUAUCGCAGCUUCAACCCGUCAUCGACAGCGGGGGUGGUCUUGAUCCCGACAUGCUACGGAGGCCACAUCAACACGACACUCACGUUCACCUCCGAGCCGCAUGACGCCCUUGCGCCUUACCAUGUGAUCGUCGUCGCGAUGCUGGGCAACGGCGAGAGCUCGUCUCCUUCGAACAAGGCAUUCUUUCCGCGCCCGGGCGAGCUCCGGUACCAAGACACCGUCAGGGCCCAGCACGCCCUGCUGACGUCGCCGAAGUUGAACGUCACGUCCCUUGAGGCCGUCAUCGGGUUUAGCAUGGGCGGCCAACAGGCGUACCACUGGGCCGUCAUGUAUCCGGACUUUGUGAAGCGGAUCGUGCCCAUCUGCUCGUCGGCCCGGACGAGCCUGCACAACUACGCCUUUCUCGAGGGCCCCGUGGCCGCCCUUAGUAAUUCCAUCGACUACAUCGCCUGGAAGGCCAUGAAGACCAAGGUCGCCAACGGGGAGGACGUCGGUGCGAACCUGAAGGAGGUCACGCCGAAGCACGGCCUGGGCGCCUUCGCGAGGGCCUACGCCGCAUGGCUGACGAGCACCCGCUGGUUCCGGGACCGCGAGUUCAGGAACGCCGGCGUCUUUGCUGCCGACUCCAUCGAAGAGUGGAUGCAGAAGAGGGAGGAGUCGAUGAUGUCCUGGGACGCCGACGACCUUCUCGCCCUCGCGAGGAUGUGGCAGAUGGGCGACGUGGGUUUGGUCGGUGGCGACGACGACACGAGGCUGACCCAGCUCGGUGGCGCCGUGCCCGAUGAUGGCUUGUACGUCAAGGCGCUCGAGGGCAUCAAGGCCAAGGUACUUCUCAUGCCGUGUCGGACCGACCAGUAUUUCCCUCCAGAGGACUCAGAGAUUGAAGUCAAGCAUCUCAAGCGUGGAUCCCUGGCUGUCAUAGAAUCCACCUGGGGUCAUACUGCAGGUGGAGGAUUGAAUGCGAAAGAUGUGGAGUUCAUGAAUGGCAAGAUAUCGGGCUUCAUGAAAGAAUAAUGGAACGAAUGACAGCGAUGAUGACAUUGAUGUUGACAAUGGAAUUGGUUUAUUGAAGCCUACUAUGGAAUGAUGAAGUUUGUCUCUUAUCAACAACACCUUUUACAUUGUCCUUGCUCACUUUUUGGAUCUACAGUACGAGUACCAGUCUGCUUAUGCAAUCAUGAGUGCA